AGGAGAUUUUUAGGGUUUAUAGCUUUAGGGCAGAGAGGAUGAGAUGAGAGACGAUGGAGCUCGGCAGCGUCGUGGAGCUCAGCUCGUCGGAUGAGAAUGACGAUUUUCUCCUGCCGAUGAAGCGCACUGCUAUCGCUCCCGAUGACGAUGACGACGACGAUGUGAUUAUUAUCGAGAAGUCGCAGUGCACGGCGGCAACCCGGCGCUCCUCCUCCAGGCGGCCUCCGCGGAAGAUCGAGGCGCUGGUCGAGGAUGAUUUCGAGUGCUGUAUCGUGGCUAGCGCUUCCAACUCCAGGCUAUUCCAGGCGGUGGAUGUGGAUGGGGACGAAUUGGUGGUCACUGGAGAAACUGGACCGGUGGCAUGCAGGGAUUUUCCUCACGCUCGACAUCUUUGCGUGCGUUUUCCUUUCAGUGCUACGCCACACAUAGACUUCUGUGAACAAUGCCACUGCUUUGUUUGCGACACAUUAGCACCCUGUGCUUACUGGUCGACUCACUGCGACGCUUCCGACAAGGAAGCUCAGUGGCUGACGAUGCGAAAAUCGAAUAAGACGCCCGAGUUGGCUCUCUUACCGCCGGUUGCGAAGAUCCAGAGACCAAGACCACCUCAAGCAACUCAUGCAAGAAGACUAACAGCAGCGCCACUUCCUCGGCCAACAGUAGUAGCAGCAACAGUGACACGACCACCGCCACCACCUUUAGUACCGCCGCAGUUUCCACCAUUCGCCUCAAGCCUGGCGAAGCCGCCGGCAGUGGGAACAGCGACCAUGUCCGACUAUGCUCUGGGCCUCGCGAAGCGAGUUCCCAAAGUCAGGUACUACACAACGUCAGGCUCAACGAGCAGUGUGACUAGAAAUCUAGGUGGGGUGAGAGGCGUCCGUCCUCCAGCUCCGACGGUGACAGGGAAGAAUGCUCCUUCUAGACAGCCGCCAGGAAGCGCUACCGGCAGUGUUAGACAAUUCAGAACAGCGGCGUCCGUGAUGGAACAACAGCAAAGUGGUGCUCAGCACUUAUCACCAACAAGACCGACAAAUGGUGGUGUGGUUAGAGCCGACUUAGCAUCAACAGCGGCUACAGCAACAGCAACAGCAACAGCAAGAAAAGCAACGGCGUCAUCGCUAUCACCAGGGGCACCGACAGCAGGACCGACAUUAGGAGGAUGGACAGUAUCCGCAGCACCGCCAUCGAUUAUGACGGAAGGAGCAGCAGUGGACAAGAACAGUGGUGCUUUAAGGCCGGACGCGAGCGCGAGCUCCAUCCGGCUGGUGAAGAGGACGGCGAGGCCCACCGCUCAGGCCACCGUCCAGAAGGCACGGACGCAGCAAACGAAGAAGCGAUCUUCCGGCAAAGUGGCGGUCGCCCCUGUGCCGGGUACUACGAGCGCUCCAGCGCAAGUCCUUCCAGCCGCUCACCCGCCGACGGUAUCGCCGUGCCCGAGCCUCCAUAACUUGGUUGGCGGAAGUGGAUCCCAGUGCGGGGAUUUGGAGAGGAUGAGCAGUGGUGGCUUUGGCGGUGGUGGUGGCGGUGGCGGUGGCGGUGGCGGUGGUGGCGACGAGUACCUUCUCGCCCUGGAAGCUCUUUUCGAGUUAAACCAGCCGUGAUUCGUAGUCGUCAUGAAUCUUGCUAGUAUCGGGCCGCGUGUAAAUUUUCACGUGACGCGGAGGUACAAAAAUCUCGCUUUUUCUUUCGUGAAAGAAGAUUUUGUUCCUUUCUUGCAGCUA